GAAUACCGCAAUGAACCACGUACGCGCGCACAGCAAAACAAAGCGGGGGCUGGCUUUGCCAUCUCCCAACAAACGAGGGCUGACUGGAGCCAGCAGCAGCGGCAGCAGCUGUGGAGGAAGAAGGACAACUUCUUCAACUUUUUUAAAAAUCUGGUUUGUCUUUUCACCAACACAGCUGGAUGGGACAUUUGUGAGAAUCCUCAGAUUGUACUGAGAGAGAAGCGGGGGGGCGGAAGCAUGAUCGACCUGAGCCACCUGACGGAGGAGGAGCAGGAGGUGAUACUGACCGUCCUGAGGAGGGAUGCUGAGCUGAAGAAAGCAGAGGAGGAGAGAGUCAGGAAGCUGGAGAAGGUGCUGAACGACUGCUCGCAGACGGACGUCAAGCGGAAGUACCUGACGGGAGAGUGGUUCUACGAGGCCAAGUCCCUCAGGCACAACGACAAGAUCCACGGCUCCGAGAUCAUCCUGGCGUCCAUGAAGCAGGGGAAGCCCGUCGGUUUAGAUGGCUCUUUCAGACGUGACCGGUCCAAGUCGCCCAGCGGUCGAGGGUCAGACGCCGUGGCCCCGCCAAAACCUGCCAGAUGUUUGGAGACACCGCAGCCUCAGGAGAUGAAGUACAUAGGGGCGAUUGAACCAAGUGGAGGGUGUCCUCCUUGGAUUUUACCCAAGGAGGACACCCCCUACUCGGUUGGGACUCCAGGCUAUAACUCGAGGCACAACCCUUUUAACCGCGCUUCCCUAAUUGUCGUCGAGCCUCCUGAGAAUAGUCAGGAUUCACGGACCCGUUGGGACCAGGAGCCAAAGCAGACAGAAAUCAUCAUUCCACUGAAGGAUCCGCCAGCAGGCGAGUGCGGUCAGACUUCAGGCGGCUCCAUCACCUCAGAGAGCUCCUCUGCAGGUUUCAGGCCGGUGCCCAAGAAGAGGACGUUCCGCUCCAGACAGACCAUCGGUCAGCCGGAGAGCAACGGGCAGCUGGGGUCGGACGCUCAGGUACGACCUGCAGUUAUCGUUCCUGCUCCCAGACGGAGCCUCCAGCGGGGACCCAGCAGGAGCUCGGAUCAGUUCUGCCUUAAGAGCAACGAUGAAACAGACAGGCCUCAGAAAGGUGCUUCAACUCUGGUGGGUCAGUCUGCUCAGCCAUCCAGAGCAGGAGGGGAAAAGCCUCCCCGGCCUACGUUUAACGCGCAUCAGGAGUCCUCUAAUUCAAGUGUGGAGAGAGAAAGACACCCUACCUCUGUACCAAAAGACAGAAUUCUGAACAGCUUUGUGGUUCAGAAGAAACUGAAAAAAAGUCAAAUUGCGUUGAAUUUCAGACCAGCUACCUGCGCCAGGACUGAGGUGUCUGCUGAGAGAGAAACCCCUCAGAGGAGCGAAGCUCAGGAUGAUCAGACCAAAAGAGAGGCGGCGCCGCUCAGCUUCGCCGGUCUGACCAGCAGCUGCAUUCAGGACCGAGAGGUCAGCGGCAGUUUGGAGCCAGCAGGGAGGCGGGAGGACCCCAGUCUGCCCCAAAGCACUGUGGAUUCUGAUCCUCCUGUAUCAUAUGACCUCAACUUCAUUGACAAAUCCGAUCCUUAUACCCAGAAAUCAAAUCAGAACCAUGUGUUUAAAUUAACCACUCAGACCACCAGCCCCAGUGGGGAGGAAGAGGAGUCCAUCGCAAAGGUGCUGGACUGGUUCAACCGCAGCACAGACAGCAGCGACUGGCUGAACGCAGAGGACGGUCCAAAGGCCACAAAGAGCUCUGAAAGACAAGUUUCAACAGCAAGAAGGGCUUCUGGUGACAGACACAUGAGUGACAGAGGCAAGGAAGCACUCGAAAUGAAACGGAGUCACUUGUUAAGACUGACCAGCGGGGAUAGAGAGCAAAGAGUGACUCACAGAAAGGGCAGCAGGGAGGUGACAGAAACACAGGAAGAGGCGAGGACAGACACCAGAGAGAGAAUUCAUUCACAAGAAGCGAAAGAUAACGGCGAUGAAAGCCAACCACUGAAAAUCUCCCAUCUCAAGUCCUUCUGGGAGAAAAGCAACACAGGACCUAAGAUACUUAUUGGCAAGUCAGUGAUGGCCAGCGACAAAGGCCUGAACCCCGCUCACCUUUCUGCUGAGGAGCCGUCAGAUAUGGCCUCUUUACCUGGAACAUACAGUGGGAAGGGCAUACAUGAUAAAUAUACCCCAACCCCCGGUGAUGAAAUGGAACAGCAGCUGGUGAGCUGUUCCCAGACCAAAAUAGGAAGCGGUGUUCACUUGAAUAAUCACCAGCGAGUAGAAAAUUUGACGAUUCAUUCAUCACAAAGGAACAAUAAAGACCCGGCUUAUUCCGAGUUGCUACCCGAACCCCAGAAAGCCGAUAGAAGAGCUUCAGACGCCGAAAAUUUGUGCGUGAUGAGACUAAGCUCAUCCGAAAGAAGCAUCGAGUCAGAGUCCGGGACCGUCUCUGUGGUCAAACCAAAACUAGACAGCAUUUCCCAUUCCAGAGAAACAAUGCUGCAAGACCGGGUAUCAGAGAGUGUUAUCAUACCUCAGGUGGACGCAGACCUACAAACGAGAGUCACUGAAGACUAUGAGAAGCUCACUCCGACCCAAAGCGGCCCAUAUGUGGACCUAAAGCAAAGUGGAAAUGAUGUGCAAAUCCCCCCCAAAAGCAGAGAGUCGACCGAGGACAUGAAGAGGAGGAACAGUGAGGACAAGAGCCUGCAUGUUAGCAUGUCUCCAAAAAGAAAGGAGGAUGCGUCCAGUAAAGACAAGACCAGUAGUCCACACCUGAACAGGAAGACAUUGCCUCAUCAGGAGAGCACUGCAGAGAGGAUAAAGCAGCUCAAGUCCUUCUGGGAACAGGAGCGUAACAAGCCCAUGUUCUAUACCGGCAAAGCUAAAGCUCCCGGAGAGGCUAAAGCCGCUCGCGGAGCUAGUCAAGCCAAACUGAAUCGAAGAUUUACAAAAUCGGAGUUUGACCUGCGGUCAGUUGGAAAUGGGUCAGGCAGCGAUGAGGAAGGUAACAAAAGUCCCGGUAAUUUCCCCCCCUUCAAUCAGAGGCUGGAAAAGGUCUCCCUGAGUCUCGGCACAAGUCGCUUGCAGUUCAACACCCUGAGGGAGUUCUGGGACGAGGCAACAUCUGACUCCAAGGGAUCGUUAACCCUCGACAAACCCAAGAGCCCUAAAAGAAAAGAGCCCCAGAGUGCCCAGGUCUUCUCUCAGGAGGUCAAAUCUACCGACCCAGAGAGUUACCGCUUGAAUCCUACUGUGGAAAAAACAAAAGCGGCCGUCACGAAGUUAUCUUCAUCUCCUCAGAAUCGAUCGAAGUCGCCACACGACAGGCAGACGGGUUCUGGCUCAAGAGCGCUCGGCGACGUCAAAACCGUCCCGCCAGCUGAGUCCGGGCCACCGAGGCAGUCCAGGCGGAGCUCUAAAGACUCCACUCGAGAAGAGAAGCCCGCAAAGCCUCAGGGCAGUUUAGCCAAAGACACCCGGCCCCCCAGGAGCAGAAAGGACAGCUUUAGCACCUCCAGCAGUCGGGGGAACUCUUUGCGGCGUGCCACGAGCAUGUUUGCCCUGAGCGCCGCCGAGGACAGGGACCCCAACUCGGUCCACUCCCAGACCAGGAAACACAAGCCGAACGCCGAGAAAGGCGCGUCUUCCAGGAGGUGUUCAGAGGACCACGAGAUCGUGGCGCCGCGGGCGCGGGCGUUCGUCCCCACCGACUACCGCCACUACCUGGGGAUGACCGACACCGCCGGCAUCCACGCCGCGCUCGCCCCGGCGGCCAGGGAGGAGGGGUCAGAGGUCAAAUCCGGGUACGAACCGGAACCAGGCGGGCCGGCGAGGACCAGCACGCCGGCCAGCUCCGACGAGCGCCACGUCAGGAAGAACAGCAAGAUCAAUCAGCGCCCACCGUGGUCCAACUACAGCGGGUCUGACACCGGCCAGGAGUCGAAAGCACUGCGGCGGGCAGAAGUGCGGCCCAAAAAUCUGGCCAAGAGCAUGGAGGACAUCACAGCAUCCAUACCACCUCGUCAAGACAGAAGACCAGACCCUGCUGUUGAUCUCAGACUUAGCAGUGAUGUUUCAGCCAUUACGUCGCCCUCUUCAUCCCUAUUUUCGGAUCCGGACCACCUGAAGAAAAUGAGCAAAUCUGUUCCAUCGUUCUUACAGAAGGAGCUGAGUGGAAGUGUGAUGACCAUGUACAGUGCGGACAUCGUGGAGGUUCAGGGAAACAUCCAGUUCUCCAUCAACUAUGUUCAGAGGCUCCGAGAGUUCCACAUCUUUGUGGCCGAGUGCCGAGACUUGGCUGCAGUCGACCCGAAAAGAGGCCGCUCGGAUCCGUAUGUUAAAAGUUACCUGGUUCCUGAUAAGGCUAAUCUCGGCAAGAGAAAAACAUCUGUAAAAAAGAAGACGCUCAAUCCAACUUUCAAUGAGAUCCUCAGAUAUCGCGUUCGCAUGGAGUACCUCCGAACUCAGACGCUCAUUCUCUCCGUUUGGCACCACGACACCUUUGGCAGGAACAGCUUCCUGGGUGAGGUGGAUGUGGACCUCUCCAAGUGGGACUUCGACCACACCCAGAUGAAUUACUUAGCCCUGAAAGCGAGGACAAUGCCUCUGAUCGGUGCGCCGUCACAUGGCCGAGGAGAAAUCAGACUGGCCAUUCGCUUCCUGCCACAGAUCAGCCACAGUGAAGGUGUAGCAAAAGAUGCUUCCAGCACUGGAGAGAUUCACAUCUGGGUGAAGGACUGCAAGAACCUGCCUUUAAUCAGGGCCACCAUCGAUCCUUACGUUAAAUGCUUCGUGCUGCCGGACACGAGCAGGAAAAGCCGGCAGAAGACGCGUGUGCUGCGGCGAACGGCGGACCCGGUGUUCAACCACACCAUGGUCUACGAUGGCAUCAGUGAAACCGAUCUGGUGGAGGCCUGCGUGGAGCUGACCGUCUGGGACCGGGACAGGCUUGCGAGCACCCUACUGGGGGGCCUGAGGCUUGGAGCUGGGACUGGCACAAGUUACGGAGCCCUGGUGGACUGGAUGGACUCGGGUCCUUACGAGGUGGCGCUAUGGGAGCGCAUGAUAGCAUCCCAGAACGAAUGGGUGGAGGACGUGCUGCCACUGAGAAUGCUGAAUUCUGCUAAAACUGCACUGAAG